AUAAUUAAAUUAAAAGCCAAAUUUAAGUAAAAUUAGAAAUUAUUUGCCAAAAUGAAAUUGAUUGCAUUCUUGCUUAUUAUUGCUAUUACAACUGUUAAUGCAAGUCAAGAAGUACCACAAUGUGUAUAUGAUCUAUUAGACAAAGCAAAAAACAAUUAAAUUUGCUAAUAAGGUGAUACAGCUUGUAUUAGUGAUCUUAGAUCUUUAGAUCAGUGUAGUCUUAAUUGCUUAAAUUAAAACUAAAAUAAAUAGCCUCAGACAUUUAAUUGUGUUAAAAGUAAUUGCAAACCAACAAACCCUUCAGCUUAAGCCUAUUUCGAUGAUUUGGUUAAAUGCUAAUCUACAGCACAAACUUCUAGCUCUGUUGCUUUAUUUAGCAUGCUGUUUGCAUUAAUUUUCUUAUUAAUUUGA